AUGGGGAUCCUCCCUUUCCUUCUUGCAUCCGCAUCAUGCAUCGCCUCGACUUUCUGCCAAAACAACUCGGUCACCACCACCUUCACCAAUCCCAUCUUGGAUGCAGUAGGUGCUGACCCCUGGGUCAUACGCCAUGAUGGGUAUUAUUACAUGACGUACACCACCAACGACGACAUAACACUGCUUCGAAGUCGGCUCCUAACAAACUGGAAUGACGCCGAGAGAAGAGUCAUCUUCAAGCCUCCACCCGGGCUGAAUUACUCGACCGACAUCUGGGCUCCCGAGCUUCACCACCUGUCCGGUAACUGGUAUGUCAUCUUCACUGCCGACCCUCGUUACGACAAUCCCCCACCAGAAGUCGACAUGCUAUGUGUCUUCAACUGCCCCGCCGUGCAUCAUCGCAUGUUUGUGUUAGAAGGGACGGGCACAGAUCCUUGGGCAGCCGAGUACGAGUACAAGGCCCAACUCGACACGUACGACCAGUUCGCCAUCGAUGGGACGUACUUCCAGCAUGACGGCAACCUGUACCAUACAUACAGUUGUUGGUCCGAAGCCUACGACGCCUGGCCAGCCAACCUCUGCAUCACCAAGAUGUCGAAUCCCUGGACGGUAUCUUCACCCUUGUCGGAACGGCAGAUCAUCUCGGUGCCCACGAAUCCAUGGGAAAAGACUCCCUACGGUAGGCGGGUCAACCAUCGCCUCUCAACAAACGAGGGUCCCCAGCAACUCACGAAUCCAGAGACUGGCCAGAUUUUCCUCAUCUUCAGUGCUGGCCGCUCGGAUAAUCGUAACUAUUGCCUCGGCCAGCUGUCCCUUGUUGGUGAUGACCCGAUGGAUCCACACAGUUGGAAGAAGCACAAUGACGGCUGCGUAUUCUACCAGAAUGCCGAGGAGGGGGUUUACGGGGUCGGUCAUGCGAGCUUCGUGCAAAGUCCGGACGGCACAGAAGACUGGAUUGUGUACCACGGGAUGCAGGAUCCAGCGAACGGUUGGGCGGCCCGUACCAUUCGAGCACAGAGGUUCAGCUGGAAUGAGGAUGGAACGCCUAACUUCCCGCGCCCAGGGUACGGGCCGUAUCACGUUCCGAGUGGUCAGGUGGGAGACAAGUCAUGCUAG